AUGCAGGCACUUUUUGGACCCGUCUCAGAAGCCAAUGGCCUUUCAAGUUUUAUGGAGCCCGAUUUACUGCAACCGGCAGAUACCAGUUCAGAACCUUGCUAUAAGAGUACAGACCCUUCGGACCUUUCGUCUUACGCUGAUCUGUUUGCCUGGUCAACUGUUGUGCCAGAUUCCCAGUAUUCGGCGGAACAGGCUUCUUAUGAUGCAUUCGUACUAAGUUGCAGCCCCGAAGUUUUGACUAUCCAGAAUUCAUCCCUGCCAAUCGAUAUCAAAGAAAUUACCCCUUCCUGGGAGGAAACUAGGCUGUUCCAUGUAAAACCGCCAUCGUUACAGGCCAAUUCUCCAGGCCCUGCUAAGCAAACAUCACGAAUUGCGAUUCCUUUAGACUCGGAUACUGUACUGAAAUCCGAAUUUCCUCCAAGAAUGUGCAUGCUUCUUAACUUAUACGUGCUUUUAGUUCUAUUUUCUGUUGGCUUUGCAGCAAUUACGGCUCUUUUCUUCCUCAGCAAGCUUCAUUAA